GGCCGCUCCCCUCCCUCCUUCUAGCCCAUCUCGCUGCCGAGCGCCCCAGCCCCCUCGCUCGUCUUCCUCGGCGUCCUCGCGCGAGCGCCGCCACCGCCGGUUGAUCUACCCUUCGAUUCUCUUGCUCCCGACCGUUUCUCCUCCCAUCGCCCCACGAACCGCCCUUUAGCUCCCCGUUUGACCUCCUUAAUCUCCCCCAAUUCGUAACUGAGUCGAAAAACAAGGUAGGGCGGUUGCCCUACUGGGUCCUCCGCCCGUGAGUUUGACGUCAUACAGUCAAUAAUGGCUUUUGGGUCCGUCGUCGAGAGGAACGUGCAAAGGCCGCUCAUGAGGCUGAUAAGCAUGGGCGGCGCACCGAUCCUGCAGCAGCUGCACCUGGAAGAACGGUUGCUGCGUCGCACCAGUGACAACUGGUGUAUUGUCAAUGACGGCACGGCUCCUCCCACCAUUGUCAUGGGUGUCUCCGGGAAAGUCUCUGAACUUGUUGAGGUAGAGCCUGUUCUUCGGGAUAACGUGCCAGUUGUAAGGAGAUUCAGUGGAGGUGGCACUGUCAUUGUUGAUCAGGGAACUGUGUUCGUGACCUUCAUAUGCAAUAAGACUGCUGUCACUGGGUUGCAGCCGUUUCCUCGCGACAUCAUGUCAUGGACAGGCCAGCUAUAUGGUAAAGUGUUCCACGGGUUUGGUGAAUUUCAGCUGCGUGAAAAUGACUAUGCAUUUAGUCAUCGAAAAUUUGGUGGAAAUGCUCAGUCCAUAACAAAAGAUCGUUGGGUACAUCACACAUCAUUCUUAUGGGAUUAUGACGUCAAAAAUAUGAAUUAUCUUAAAAACCCAAAACGUGCUCCUGAAUAUCGGCUUGCGCGGAACCACACAGAUUUCUUAUGCCGCAUGAACGAGUAUAUGCCAUCAAGGUCAGUUUUUACCGAAGGGCUAAUUGCCGCCCUUAGCGAGCACUUCACAAUCCAACAAACAGGGCCAGAAACAGCGCUCUCCCAUGAUAAUGACUUUGAGCCUUCUACAAAGCUAUUAUCACCACAGGACUUACAAGAUAUCAUCUCCUCAAAAGAAUCCUCUACAGUACAGAGAGUUCCAGGAUGGCCUCAAUCUUGAAGACAACUUUGUGUACUUUCUGAUGUAGGAAAAUUUGUUAUUUCACACGGUGAACUCAGCUUGGAAUUUAGACAGGCAUUGUUCUCACUGGAUCACCGGAUUUAUUGCUUCAAACACACAAGCAUAGCCUCUCUUUUUUUCAAGUGGGCUGAGCCCAUAUGUAAUAUUGUUCAGACUUCAUCAUAUGUUCUGUUCAUUGUGAUAUAAUUAGCAAUUCGGGAAAA